UCUUAAAGUAUCGUCUUUACCUGAACCACAGGGGCACGUGCCUGAGCCAGUUUGCCCACUGUGGGGAAAGGAAGUCUCAGGAGGCAUUCCGCGCGCCAUGGAGAAACCGUGGAAGUGUGGGGAUUGCGGGAAAGGAUUCCACUACGCAUCCGAUCUGGAGAUCCACCGCCGUGUCCACACCGGGGAGAGGCCGUUCAGCUGCUCGGUGUGCGGCAAGGGCUUCUCUGACUCGUCCACCCUGCUGACCCACCAGCGGGUCCACACCGGGGAGCGGCCCUUCACCUGCUCCGUCUGCGGCAAGGGCUUCACCCAGUCGUCCAACCUGCUGACCCACCAGCGGGUCCACACCGGCGAGGUGGCCUUCACCUGCUCGGUGUGCGGCAAGGGCUUCCCUCACUCGUCCACCCUGCUGCGGCACCAGUGGGUCCACACCGGGGAGCGGCCCUUCACCUGCUCCGUCUGCGGAAAGGGCUUCCCUCACUCGUCCGCCCUGCUGUCCCACCAGCGGGUCCACACUGGGGAGAGGCCGUUCAGCUGCUCUGUCUGCGGCAAGGGCUUCACCCAGUCGUCCAGCCUGCUGACCCACCAGCAGGUCCACACCGGCGAGGGGGCCUUCACCUGCUCGGUGUGCGGCAAGGGCUUCCCUCACUCGUCCACCCUGCUGCGGCACCAGCAGAUCCACACCGGGGAGCGGCCCUUCACCUGCUCCGUCUGCGGCAAGGGCUUCCCCCACUCCUCCGGCCUCCAGAUCCACCAGCGGGUCCACACCGGGGAGCGGCCCUUCACCUGCUCGGUGUGCGGCAAGGGCUUCACCCGGUCGUCCAACCUGCUGACCCACCAGCAGGUCCACACCGGGGAGCGGCCCUUCACCUGCUCGGUCUGCGGCAAGGGCUUCACCCGCUCGUCCCGCCUGUUCUCACACCAGCGAGUCCACACCGGGGAGAGGCCGUUCACCUGCCCCGAGUGCGGCAAGGGCUUCACCUGCUCCUCCAACCUGCUGUCGCACCGGCGGCUUCACAGCGGCGAGCGCUCGACGUCGCGGACAUGGGCAGCGUUCCCGAGCCCCGCUCCGGAACGGGCUGUUCCGUCCUCUUCCAGCCCCCGGGAGGGGAACGGGCAGCUUGAGUGCAUUGGGAGAGUGGGCCGUUCACCGGGAGGGUGCCAACGGGACGGGAGAGCGGUACAGAAAGCUAUUAAAACCCACAACAUCCACGAGCAAGAUGCUGAGGGUGCACAAUUCAGCCAAGAGGUUUGUUACUUCUGGGAACUAAAGGAUCCCAAGAGUAAGGCUACCGUUGGCACGGUCAAGACAGAACUUGCCCAAACUACAGUGGCUAAACCUAAACCCAGGAUUCAAAGUAGACCUUUCCGUCUGCAAGAACAUUUUGGUUCCUGUUUCAGACCAUUUUCAGCAUCAGCGGGACUGAAUGAGAGUCUCUACUGUUACAGCACACUGUGUGUAAAGCCUGAAACAGUUAUACGGCCAGGAAAGAGGAAUUUACUGUGGGCAGGGGCCAUACAUGGGGAUGUAGCUGCGGCCAUGGUGAAACCAGAGGAAUCCCACACUGUGGAGAAACCGUGGAAGUGUUGCGACUGCGGGAGAGGCUUCCAUGCCCCAUCUGUCCUGGAGAUUCAUCGGCGAAGUCACACCGGGGAGAGGCCAUUCUCCUGCCCCGAGUGCGGGAAAGGCUUUACCUGCUCCUCCCGCCUGCUGGACCACCGCCGAGUACACACUGGGGUGAAGCCAUUCUCCUGCCCUGAGUGUGGGAAGGGCUUCACCUACUCCUCCCACCUGGUGGCCCACCAGCGCGUCCACGCUGGGGAAAGGCCCUUCCCCUGCUCUGAGUGUGGGAAGGCCUUCAGCAUAUCCUCGGACCUGCUGAAGCACCAACGGGUCCACAGAGGGGAGAGGCCAUUCAGCUGCCCUGAGUGCGGGAAGGCCUUCAGUGAUUCCUCUACCCUGCUGAGGCACCAGUGGGUCCACAUCGGGAAAAGGCCGUUCUCGUGCCCUGAGUGCAGGAAGGGCUUCACCCGCUCUUCCGCUCUGCUGACCCAUCUGCGAGUCCACACGGGUGAGAAGCCCUUUACCUGCCCCGAGUGCAGGAGUGCCUUCAGCAGGUCUUCCCACCUGCUGAGGCACCAGCGAGUCCACACUGGGGAGAGGCCGUACUCCUGCCUUCAGUGCGGAAAGUGCUUUACCCAGCCCUCCAACCUGCUGACCCACCAGCGGAUCCACACCCGCGAGAGACCGUUCUCCUGCCCCGAGUGCGGGAAGGGUUUUGCUGUUUCCUCUAACCUCGUGGCCCACCGGCGGGUCCACACGGGGGAGAGGCCAUUCAGUUGUCCCGAGUGCGGGAAGGCCUUCAGCAAUUCCUCUGCCCUGCUUAGGCACCAGCGUGUCCACACCGGAGAGAAGCCGUUCUCCUGCCCAGAGUGCGGGAAGGGCUUUACCCGCUCCUCCACACUACUGACCCACCAGCGGGUCCACACAGGGGAGAGGCCAUUCAGCUGCCCCGAGUGCAGGAAGGCCUUCAGCGAUUCCUCUGCUCUGCUGAAGCACCAGCGAGUCCACACCGGGGAGAGGCCCUUCAGCUGCCCUGAGUGCGGGAAGAGGUUUACGUUUUCCCGCAAUUUGCGGAAGCACCAACAGGGGCACCAGCGCUCACAACAGUCAGAUUCCACAGCUAACACUGCUGUGAGUUCCCCCCAGGACUGAUUCUCCUGACAGUGGGUGCAGUGGGAGAGUUGGUGCACUGUAUUUGUUUUCCGUUGGACUGCAACCCCACGGUGGCUCAGGGGUGGCAUGGUGACUCAGUGAUUAGCACUGCUGCCUCAUGGCACCAGGAACCAAGGAUCAAUUCCACCCUUGGGGCAACUGUCUGUGUGGAGUUUGUGGAGGGUAGGAGAAUGGAUGAGAUAAGAAACCGCUGCCUUUCUUGAGACAAGUCUCCCGGAGAGAACUUGCUGACUGAUUGUCUGAUCUACUGAUCCUCACAGUGCCCCAUUGCCCUCAGUUAACUGGAGGAGGUCCACACAGAUGUACCGAAGCCCCUCUUUGGACUGUGGAAGGAAACCUGUGCAGACAGGGAAAACAUGCAAACUCCACACAGACAGUUACCUGAGGCUGGAAUUGAACUUGGGUCCCUUAUGCUGUGAGGUAGCAAUGCAUAGCAGUGUGCUAUCCCAAUAUGUUAUAAAAUUUGAAUAAACCUACUAAGUUGGAAA